AUGUCUCAACAAUCACGUAACCACGCAGCGUUGCCCUUCAUAGCACUGCCAUUCCGGCAGCCCAGAGGCGGCAGAGACCCCUAUCACAAGCCAAUCUGGGCAGGUACACAAAGUGCCAGACAGCACGGCCCGCAGGCAGAUCUCGGUCGGUCAGCAGCGGUGACUCGGUGGCUGCUGCAGCUUGCACUUGCGGUGGAAGCCCGCGGUCCCAUGACAACAGAAAAUCAAAAGCCCAUCAUGCUCAGUACGCCAGCAUCGCCAUGCGGGACCCCAAAACACGGCACGACGGUGACCGCGGCCGUAAGGCGACUGGUCAGUACAGGGCAGCAUCCGGCAGGAGAUGGCCAUUCCGAAGCCUGCCAAUCAUGCUCCGAUACAUGGCCUUCUCCUGUGACCAGUGCGAUGGUUACCCCUGGGCCUGGAUGA